CCGGUCAACAAACCAACCAUGUCCGCCCCAACAAGCUCCUUCCGUAAAGCCUGGCUAAAAUGGAAAUCGAUGCGCCUCCCCUGGCGCAGGCGUUUCCUCGUUGGUCUUGACCUCCAGGGAAACACAUACUGGGAGUUCCGCGAUACGCUCUCCCCAGGUCGCAUGCGCCGAAUCGUCGACUACCCACCCCACGUACAGUACUCAGACGUCUCGUCACACAUCACGCCCGCGUGGCACCAGUGGUUGCGGCAUACGCGCCAAGCUGCGCCAACGAUCGCGGAGCAGGAGCUAGAUGUUCUUAGGCGGAGGAGGGUUAAAGUUCUGGCUGCGCAGGCAGAUGAGAGAUGGGAGGCUAAGGGUAGGCUGGUGGGUGGGCCGAACAUGAAGCAGAUGGGGCCGGGGCUAGGAAUGGGCAAUGCGACUGCUGCGGGUCAGGCCGCGACGAGGAGGGGGACUGCUGGGGUGGGUGUGGAUGCGGGAGGGCCUACGAUGGGGGGUGACGCUGCUGCGGGAGGGAAACAAGGAGGGACGACUACGAGUACAGUUGCGAGUGGACAAGAGAUUCUGGACCGAGAAUCUGAGCGGAUGAAGGUUAGUGGAGGGCCGGCGCCGAAGGUAUAUACAAACCCGCGAGUGUCCGACCCGGAGAAAGCGGCGAGAAGGGAGCCAGCAACCCCCCCGCCGCCGAAAGGAGAUCCAUGGAAGAAUGCGCGUGGCGGCCCGAGCGAGGAUUGGCAGCCACAGGCUUGGAGCCCUGGGCAGGCAACGCGGAGGUGACAAAACGACUAAUAUAU